AAAUCUAAACACACACACACACACACACACACACACACACACACACCUUUUGAGUGGCAGCUGACAGAGUCGUCAAUUAAGAAAAUUGGUGGAAGAUUACCUCAAACGGCAAACAAAGAUGGCGGAGUAUCUCGCAUCGAUUUUCGGAACAGAGAAAGACAAAGUCAACUGUUCCUUUUACUUCAAGAUUGGUGCAUGUCGUCAUGGUGAGAGAUGUUCAAGAUUGCACAACAAACCAACAUUCAGUCAGACAGUGUUGCUGCAGAAUCUGUACCUAAAUCCACAGAACGCUGCCCUGACAGCUGAUGGAUCCCACAUCCAAAUGGAUGAGCUAGAAAUUCAGCAACACUACGAUGAAUUCUUUGAAGAAAUUUAUGUAGAAAUGGAGAAGUACGGAGAGAUCGAAGAAAUGAACGUGUGCGACAACAUGGGGGACCACCUGGUUGGGAACGUGUAUGUCAAGUUCCGGUAUGAGGAGGAUGCAGAGAAAGCCGUGAAUGACCUGAACAACCGCUGGUUCAACGGCCGCCCAAUACACUCGGAGCUCUCGCCUGUCACUGACUUUCGUGAGGCGUGCUGUCGCCAGUACGAGAUGGGGGAGUGCACGCGUGGUGGGUUCUGCAACUUCAUGCACCUGAAGCCGAUCUCCAGAGAACUGAGACGGGAGCUGUAUGGACGCUCCAAGAAAACCAGGAAGAGGUCUAGGUCCCCUCCAACUCGGAGAAGUCGCUCGCGAAGCAGGAGUCGUGAAAGGAAGAAGAACGAGGGAGGUCGCGAGCGCAAACGCUCCAGGUCUCGAGACCGAAGGGGAAGAUUCUGAUUGGUCAGAGACUGGAAAGGCUCUGAUUGGUCCAGGGGAAGUUGCAGGAGCUUGCUGGAUUUUUUCAUUCUCGUUAACAAUUGUCUACAGGGAAUUGGAUGUUGAAGAUUGCUUCAUUCUUAUCAUGGCUGUAUAGUUACUUGUGGAUUGUGAAGAAUUGAAAUUGUAAUUGUUUCAUUUGUACAGAAAAACUGGUCUCAAAAUUUGAAUUAACAUUGCUUUUCUUCUUUUAAUUUCCAAUUCACGUUUGUUCAGGAAUUCGAGAUGUUUUGGGUUCAGUUGUCUUCAUAUGAUCAUAUUUUCAUGUUAAUCAUUUCUUUAGUAAUAAACUCUGGAAUUCAUAA